AUGCCGGGAGUGCCAACUUAUCGCGGAUGCGAUGCGUGCAGGAAGCAGAAGAAAAAGUGCGACAUGGCCACGCCCGCCUGCUCUCGGUGCACGCGCCUGAAGAUUGCGUGUGUGGGCUGUGGCCAGCUGCGAUACAAGUUCAAAGAUCAGACGGAUCUGCAAGCAGUGAGAUCGUCCAAGAAAGCCCGGAGCAGAGCAUCGCUCUCGUUGGAGACGGAGAGUGACAGUCCGGGCUCCAUCGUCAGCAUUGCGUCCAGCAGAGACUCUGCUCGGUCUGGCGCUUUUGUUUCUCUGUUGGACAUUACCGAUCCCAGCUACGAUCUUCGCUGCUACGGCCCGUGGUUCAAGGAUCUGCCCAGGCGUAUGGGCACCAAUGAGGCUCUGGAUGCAGCGGUAGAGGCCAUGGUAGGAUUCUACCCACACUUGCGAAGGCGUGAGCAGACAUGCUUGUCUCGGGGCUCUGUGGUCAAGUAUGUAAAUGCGUUGCAGGCUCUUAGGAAUUGCUUGAACGAUCCACAGAAAGCAAGUAGACCAGAGACGCUGUGUGCCGUAUAUAUUCUGUUGAUUUGCCAAGGAUGGACAGGAAGAGAUAAUGACCAAAAAGUCAGUCAUGGGGAAGGGCUUGCAUACUUGCUUGAAGCGAUGGAAUCUGGGCAGGAGUCUGGGCAAUCUUCAGACCAGUUCCAAGACACCAUACGCCUCACCCUCUACGUCCCUGUUAUUUUGGAAGCCAUAUUCAACCCGAGGAUACGGCUGAGCUCUUGGUUCUCGCGACUCAAGGACCGCGCUUUUGGUCCACCAGCUCCCAUUACUCACAGCGCUCGAAGAUUUAUGAGCCUGCACAUACAGAGUCUCGCUCGGAUUCCAGACUUGCUACGUGAACCUGCCAAACAUAUUGAUGACAUUCUUACUUCAUAUCAGCGGAUACGAAUCGAAAUUCCACUGCUGAAAGGCUCUCUGGAGCUCACUGACGCUCUUGUCUCCAAAUCGCCCACGAGCGAGUCUAUAAAGACUCGUAUUCACUACCAGGCGUCAUUUGGCCUCUUAGUGGCGUCUGCCCUGAUAUUCAACGCGUAUCUGCGUGCCUUUGGGGCUGAUGAUGGGAACAUGGUCGAAGAGGCUGACAACAUGGCCAACGACGCCAUCAAAUUGGCUCACGAUGCCUCGCAGUAUCGGCCCCUCGGCGCCAGCUUUGCACCGCUGUGUCUCAUCCCAGCGUGGACGGCCACUGAUAACAUUGAGAUUCAGCAGAGAGUGGUGGAAGCACUGAGGGUAUAUCAAGACGACUUUUCGGCUGCCACAGGUAGAGGCUGGUACAUCAUGGCGUAUUGGCUGAGAGGUGAGUUGGAUCGCAUUAGAAGCGGGCUGGGGCCGUCACCGAUGGAGGAUUAUGGCGACCGGCAAUGGGGUACGAUAGUGCUUGAUGAAAAGGGCAGUAUGGUGUGCGACGGCGGUGUAAGCGAUUGGUUUUGUUGCUCGGAAUGA